AAAUAAACACAUUUUAACAAUUGACAAGAAAAAAAAAAAAAACUAAGCAUCUCCUCUACAUAUGCAGCAGUUGCCAAAUUUCCCUUUUUUCAUAAACAAGUUGAAGUCCCACUGAACUGAACUCACCUCGCCGGAAAACGCUGCCAGAGUUUUUCGUCCGUCGUCAGAUACAGUCAUCCAAAAGGCUAAGGUGAUUUCAUGGCAGCCACUGGCCUGCCAGCUUUAGGUCGUGUGAAGCUCUCUGAUUUAGUUCCUUCAGAUGGGUUGCCGUCUGAUUCCUAUAAAAUUUCGGUUUCAAUUUUGUCGCAAUCACUAGCUCAGUUUUCAGCUGUCAUUGUUCAGUUUCCAGCAACUGAUGCGGCACUUCUAAGAUCUGGUUUAGAAUCUGCUCGUCUGUACUUCAAUCAACGAGAAACAUAUCCACCUGCAGAUAUGAUCCAUAAUAGUGACUCUCUUGAUUGGUGUAAAACCUCCGGUUACUAUGCAGAUCCUAAUUUGUGGCAAGAAACGUAUGAUUAUCGACCAGGUUUAACUCCUUUGGAACCGAAUAACUCAAUUGAGUUACCUCCGGCUGGCUUGUCCGAUAUCUUUUCUUUGUUUGGAAAAGCAGCAAGGGAUAUUCUUGAUGCAAUUAGCUACCAUUUGAACUUGCGAAGUUCUCCUUUUGUAGAAAUAUUGGAUAAUAUUCCCUUGAGAAAUCAGGAAAUCUCAUCUUCAGUUUUGUCUGUUUGCUGCCAUGCUAGGCCUUCAUUUCAAGGGCCACAACAACAUCAUAAUAUAGCUGCUACUCAAGAGGAUGGUCAAUUGCUUAUGUAUCCUGAUAAUGAUCACCAAGUCGAUAAAAGCUUGAUAUCUCUUGUGAAGUCUGACAGGGCGGGUUUACAUGUCAGAGACUAUCAAGGUCGGUGGAUUCUUGUGGAUGGUGAUUUGGGGCCUCAAGAAGCCAUUGUUUAUCCUGGGCUUGCUCUUUAUCAAGCAACAGCGGGAUAUGUAAACCCUGCAUUGCACAAAACUGAUACUAAUAUGGAGGCUAAUAUGUAUGGGCGGUGUUCUUUAGGGUUCAAACUUUUGCCUAAAUCAAUGACUAGUCUUGACUGUUCUGAAAUGAGAGCUGCGGGUUAUGGAGUCGACUCUCAGUUUCAGCUUCCUGUUCCCGUGGAUGAUUUUAUGCAAAGAUCCCAUCCAACUGAUCUUCUUUUUAAUAGACCUGCUUUCCAGUGCUUCAAUUUCCAACCAACACAUGACGGAUCUAUGAAGACUUUGGUACGGAGGAGGAAGCAAAAUCCUAAAAGCAAACCUCUGCCACCAUCCAAGAGAUUAAGGCUUGAAGCGCAGAGAGUUUUGAAAGAAAGAGUCCAAGAUAUCGCAGAUAAGAAAGGCAUCAAGCUGCGAUUUUGUAAUAUCAAGGAAUGUGAAAAUCAUAUUCACACCCUAGAUAGCCCGUGUGCAAAUAUACGAAUGGAGAUAGGGUGGCCACCCGGUGUACCAUUUGUACAUCCCCAUGAUUUGCCUAAUAAAGCAAAGCUGGGAUUUCUUGAGGCAUAUGAACCUGGUUGGACAGAAGCGCAUCAAAACAUAGACAGGAACCAGUCCCCUUGAUAUCCAUAUGGACAACAUGUUAUCAAAUUGUGAAGGUCUGAUGAGGAUAGGCCAAUAGUUCUCUGUUGGCCUCUGAACCUAUUUUUGGCUAGGUUUUAAGAGUUUAUGUCUGUCUUUAUAUAUGCCAUUGUGCAGCUUUUGAAGCAAAUGAAAGAAAGAAAGACUCUUGCAGCAUUGAAUUCUGUAGAUGUGUUCUGUUAUAGAAGUCUUAGAACUUCUUAGGAUUAUGAGACGCCGAUCCAAUCAAAAUGAAGCUUAGACUCAGCUGGACUUGAAUGCUCAUGCUGAUGGAGGUCUAACUGUCCAGAUCCAGAAUCUAUAAAAUGAAAGAGAAAACAACAACAGGCUACAAAAUAAUAGAAUAAUUGAGCUUCUCUUGGUCGGUCAUGAUCAUGCACAAAUCAUCUAUUAUCGGCUGGAGGAAUGGAAUGACUGUUAUCCGAUCUCUGCAUCAUGUUUAAAUGUAACCUACCAUUUGUCCUUGAGUUGUGUCUAUCACAGAGGAAGUUAUUCAAUUUGUGUGAAUACCAUAGCUUUAUGUGAUGAGAUAGCAUUCCAGCCUGCUUUGUUAGUUUAGUUUCUCAUCAUUAUGAAAAUGUCAUUCCUUACAAUGCUAUGCGAAAAUGUGGCUUAAUAUGUUUUCCUAUGUUGUGUAAUUAUAGUUGUGAAAAAUAAGCUAGAUGCAUACCAGCCAACUGCCAAAGGAUUGUAAUCUUUUGUUACUAUGAAAUUUGGUCAGAAAUGAUUUUCUCUGUCGAAGAACUACUUA